AUGAAUGAAAUCGAAGAAUAAUAUUUCACAAUAAAAAGUUUGGAAGAUGGAUACAUAAAUCUAGCUAAAACAACAUGUAUUAUUAAAUAUGGAUUAAUGAGGUGUGGAGGAAUAGAAAAGUAAUAAGAUGGAUAGACUUAUAGGCGGGUUUGAAUAAUAAUUAAUAAAUAAACUAUAAAGCAGCAUUUAAAAAUGGAUAUUUAUAUAAGGAAUGUUAUAAUUUUUUUUUAAUUUCCAAAUUUCCCAAAAAGAUAUAGUUCCAAUGGACCAAGAUCAACCCUUCCUCUGA